AAAAUAAAUGAAGACAUUUCCUUUUCAACAAUAACUUACUCAUUUAAAGUGAAUUAACCUCGCUGUAUAUACAGUAUAUAAAAUGGUUCUCAAUAACAAUCCACAUCGAUUAUUUUUUACAUUUUGAUGUUCCAUAUUUAUGUUUUUAGAAUGAAGCAUAGGAAUAACUGACCACAUCUUGAUAAACCACAGACUGAAAUCCCGCAUGGUUGGAAGAUUCGGGCUCGAUUAAAAUGUCUUGGUUUUUGACAUGUUGGCUCGAUGAUGUCGCGAUAACUUCUCACUCCGAACGCAGACAUGUAGGAGAAUAAUUUUCAGGGCACCGCAGGCACAAACAGACUAAUCGGGAACCUGUUAAACUGAGGUAACCGGGUUUUUCCAUCUCUUGUGUAGACUGUUUGCUUGACCGCUGAUGUUAAAGCCGCAGAAAAUGCUCAUGACACAUCGCCAGAGCCAGGGCUAGCUAACAGCGGCAUGCUCUUAUGGUCAGUGGCCAGUCCACAGCUGGCGCAGAUGUUGGCUGGACGACUGUCGAUGCGAGCGAUGUUGACUAACUUAAACCUCUCCUCCAAGUGUCGCGCACAGUGGCGCGCAUGCGUGUGAGGGGGGCCAUGAAGGUAAAGGUGAUAUCCAUCCUGGAGGACAACUACAUGUACCUGGUGAUAGAGGAGCAGAGUGGACAGGCCAUAGCUGUGGACCCUGCUGUACCACACCGGCUGCUAGAAAUCGUGAAGAGAGAGGGCUUGUCUCUGACGGCUGUCCUCACCACACACCAUCACUGGGACCAUGCGCGGGGGAAUGAGGCUCUGCUGAAGGAGGUUCCCGGGUUGAGGGUGUACGGGGGAGACGAUCGGAUCGGGGGUCUGACUGAUAAAGUCACCAGCGCUCAGGAACUCAAGUUUGACUCCAUCAAUGUGAGGUGCUUAUUUACUCCCUGCCAUACCUCUGGUCACAUGUGCUACUUUGUGUGGGAGGAUGAGUGCACUGACGCCCCUGCUGUGUUCACAGGGGAUACGCUUUUUAUCGGUGGAUGUGGGAGGUUUCUUGAGGGUACGGCAGAACAGAUGUACCACAAUCUCACCCAGGUGCUGGGCUCCCUACCUCAAGACACGAAGGUGUUCUGCGGACACGAGUACACCAUUAAGAACCUGAAGUUUGCCAUGCGGGUGGAGCCGGAGAACGAGAAGGUUAAAGAGAUGCUGAGCUGGGCCAGGGCCAGAGAUGAUGACGACAAACCCACAGUGCCAUCUACCCUAAUGGAGGAGUUUGAAUACAACCCUUUUCUUCGCCUCUCGGAGGAAGGAGUGCAAAAGUUCACAGGGCAGACCAACCCCAUAGAGGUGCUGCGGGUCCUGCGGAAGGAGAAGGACAAAUUUAAGAAGCCCAAGGAGAGACUUCCUCCUCACGCCAUGUUGGCUUUGGAGUGGGGGCUGCUCAGACCCUGAGAUCCAGUUUCAGAGCUCCGAACACGUCACAUACUCAAAUGUCAAGUUGCACUAGUUUGAACGACUGAAUGGAGCAAGAUACAACACCGAAGUGUGUGGAGUUUGUUGCUUUAAGCCCGAAUUUAAACACUAUAUACUGCUGGGUGCCUGGUUGACCCUCAAGGGGCAUGUCUAUUGUUUUAGUUAUUAUAAAACCAUGUCUGCACAAAAGGGCCCGUGUAAAGCUGCUUUCAUUGAAUAUUCAUACAAUCUAAUAAUUUUUGAAGGCUGGUCGCCAAGCCUAUUAUGCACAAACUAUGUAUUUAUUUGGGCAGGGGGGUGAUCUUAAUUUCUUUGACUUACUUGUGUUAGAAGGUUUCAUUUCCUUGUAAGUACUUUUGCUCUGCCUACAUGUUUAUUUUCUGUCUGGUAACCUUGCCACAGCUUUCUCAUUUAACAUUUGCCUGAUUUCAGUGUGGACAUACUCUGUGUAUUUUCAGUCACUCUUUUGCUUACUUUUACACUUGUCUGUCUUUUAGACAGUAUUUAGGACAGGUAUCUGAUAUGUUAUAACUGCACCACAAGGGCAGAAAAAGAUCCAGUCUACAUCACUAUGAAUGUAAAUUGCUGCUUUUUAUCCCAGAGUUUACAUCGUCACUUUGCAAGAGCUCAUAACUGUACAUCACAGUCAAGAUUAUUCAAUAAAAC